AUGGCUACGUGGAUAUGGCAUCCCGAAUGGACAGAGCAUCCAACGGACUCGGCUGGGUCAUUUGUUCACUUCCGCAAGACAAUAACCCUGACGGAGAUCAUUUCAAAGCCAGUAUACAUUCACAUCACGGCCGACACGAAAUACAAGCUCUAUAUAAAUUGCGAAUUUGUAUCUGCCGGACCCGUCAAAGGGGACCGUCAUCUUUGGUUUUACGACGAGCUAAAUAUUCAACCGUACUUGAGAUUGGGAGCCAACACCAUCAAUGUGAAGGUUCUACGAUUGUACCAUGCUACCACACACGCCACCAGCUUUCCACGAUUACAUGUGCCAGGUCUCCUCAUCCGCAACGUCGGCUUGGAUCCCGAUCUGGGCAUCAAUAUUCAGACCGAUGGCAGCUGGGAAACGACCCUGGAUGAAUCAACCACACUACCCACAGACAUUCUAGAAGACGCGUUCUUACACAUCUACGAGAAAGUCGGUCAAUACACGACGCAACCAAACUGGAUACCAGCCAAACCUUUGGUCUUCCCCACCUCCCAUGGCCUUUCGGCCCCAUGGAAACUUUCUCCCCGCAUGAUCCCGUUUCCUCAAUAUGAGUCAGUGACGUUCAAAGCGAUUCACAACAUCGAAAGCAACCAGCCCCGAGCGAACUGGGAAGAAGCUUUGCUUGGCCCCCAUGACACAGAUUCCGAGGGAAUCAAUCUUCCAGCUGGAAGUCGGCAUCAUUUGGAACUAGAAGCUGAGAACCAUACGACUGCACUGCUUUACUUCCGGUUCAAGUGCCCUGCACAUACUGGUAGUACCAUGCAGGUGACCUACUCCGAGUGCUAUGAAGACGUACCCAACACUGUCCCAUGGAUCAGAAGAAAGGGCGACCGCUGUGAUACUAGAAAGAAACUCGUGGGACCACAAGACGAGUAUAAUAUUCCUGGUCUCGCGGAUCAAAAGCUCCGGAGCACACUGACGUACAACUCAAACUGUUCUGAUGAAGACGUCUUUGCGCCGUUUCACUUUCGCACGUUUCGAUUCCUGGCAUUGGAUAUCACAGUGUCAGCACUCUCAGAUCUCACCAUGAAGCGCGUUGAUAUAACCACAACCAAAUAUCCCUUACGGGUCCUUGCGGAUUUUGAUGUUCCACCCGCUGAUACUGUCUACCGGCAAAUGUGGACAACAAGCAUUCGAACACUAUCAAAUUGCAUGCAUGAUUGUUAUGAGGACUGUCCGUUUUAUGAGCAACUUCAAUAUGUGAUGGACACCAGGAGCUCAGCCCUUUUCACAUACUGUUGCUCAGGUGACGAUCGCUUAGCACGUCAGGCAAUCAUCCAACUUCACAACUCAUACUCGCCAGCAGUCGGACUUACAGCUAGCCGCGCGCCCGCUCACCAACUUCAGCUAAUUCCACAUUUCUCUCUGUUUUGGAUCUGCAUGAUAAGCGAUCAUUUUGAAUACUUCAAUGACGCCGAAUUUGUUCGUCAAUUCUUGCCCGUGUGCGACGGCGUGUUGGAUUCGUUUGCUCGCCGCAUCGACUCUAAGCUCGGGCUCAUUCGCUUGUCUGACAGCUCACAGCAAUGGGACUUUGUCGAUUGGGCGGAUUCAUGGAAGCCAUUGGGGAUUCCACCAGCCGCCGAAAGGACUGGCUUUUCCUCAUAUACCAACAUGUUGUAUGCAUACACACUGAAACGGAUUUCGGAAGUCUUGGUUUCCGUGGAUCGCCCAGGAGUUGCUGGAGAAUACCAAUUAAGAGCUGAUGCAACCCGGCUUGCAGUGAAAUCCCAUUGCUUUGAUGGACGCUUUUUCACAGACGGAAUAGCCUCCGAAGCCACUUGUGACAACGACUAUAGCCAACAUGGCCAGGUUUGGGCCGUGUUGUCUGGUACCGCUACGGGCAAUUUGGCUUUUGAUAUCAUCGCUGAAUGCACUGCAGUGUCGGGUACUAGAACAUUUACACAGACAUCAACGGCAAUGUCUUUUUACACGCUUCGUGCUAUGUCAAUGGUUGGAGGUAGUCUGUAUGACGAACGCUUCCACGGAUUUUGGGGGCCAUGGAAAGACCAGUUGUCCUUGAAUCUUACCACAUGGUUGGAGGAUACAGUCUCCCAACGAUCAGAUUGUCAUGCAUGGGGAAGCUCGCCAAUAUAUGAGUUCACGACGGAGGUUGCUGGCAUUCGAAUGGGUACACCAGGAUGGAAGACCAUGAUUUUCCAUCCACGCGUCGGUUUGUUCCCAGCACUCGAUGUUAAAGUACCCUUCGGGGUCCCUGGAUCAUCUGGAAUGGCCCACGUUCAUUGGAAACGCGAGGAGAAUACUAUCAAAAUUUCGUUGUCAUUGAACAUGGAUACCGGGGAGUCUGUAAGAAUGCCCAUCCGAGUCGUUUUUCCAGAUGGACACAAUGAGUUGAUGGACGGGGCCGAAGAUAUAAAUUUGACAUUGAAUGUGGAUUGA